AUGGAUCGGACCCUCGCACAUGCCGUGGCCAACAAGAAGCCGGUCCCAGAGAUCGACUUCUCCCUGCACACGAUGGAGGAUGGCUCCCAGGUGUCGACGCUGGAGCGCGUGGUCAAAGAGGUCCAAGCUCCCGCUCUAAGCACACCCCCCGACGACAUGUUCUGGUCGCCCGAUGACCCCUCCAAGCCGAACCUCCAGUACCUGAAACAGCAUCUCUAUCGCGAAGGCCGUCUCACCGAGGAUCAGGCACUAUGGAUCAUUCACGCGGGUACACAGAUUCUCAAGUCUGAGCCGAACCUGCUCGAGAUGGAUGCGCCCAUCACCGUCUGUGGCGAUGUCCACGGCCAAUAUUACGACUUGAUGAAAUUGUUUGAGGUCGGGGGCGACCCGUCGGAAACAAGAUACCUGUUCCUGGGCGAUUAUGUGGACCGUGGGUACUUCAGCAUCGAGUGUGUCCUGUAUCUCUGGGCGUUGAAGAUUUGGUACCCGGAUUCGCUGUGGUUGCUCCGGGGUAAUCACGAGUGCCGACAUCUUACGGACUACUUCACCUUCAAGCUGGAAUGCAAGCACAAGUAUAGCGAGCGGAUUUACGAGGCGUGCAUCGAAUCUUUCUGUUCCCUGCCGCUGGCGGCGGUCAUGAACAAGCAGUUCCUCUGCAUCCACGGCGGUCUCAGUCCGGAACUGCACACUUUGGAGGACAUCAAGGCGAUCGAUCGCUUCCGAGAACCCCCGACGCAUGGGCUCAUGUGCGACAUUCUCUGGGCAGACCCUCUGGAGGAAUUCGGGCAAGAGAAGACGGGUGACUUUUUCAUCCAUAACAGCGUUCGUGGCUGCUCCUACUUCUUCUCGUAUCCGGCCGCCUGUGCGUUUUUGGAAAAGAACAAUCUCCUGUCCAUCAUCCGAGCGCACGAGGCGCAGGACGCCGGGUACCGCAUGUACAGAAAGACGCGGACGACCGGCUUCCCUAGCGUGAUGACCAUCUUCAGUGCUCCCAAUUACCUCGACGUGUACAACAACAAGGCGGCCGUUCUCAAGUACGAGAACAACGUGAUGAAUAUUCGGCAAUUCAACUGCACCCCGCAUCCAUACUGGCUACCAAACUUCAUGGAUGUCUUCACCUGGUCGUUGCCGUUCGUUGGAGAGAAGAUCACGGACAUGCUCAUUGCCAUCCUCAACACCUGCUCCAAAGAGGAAUUGGAGGACGACACGCCGACGUCCGCAUCUCCGCCUGGCCCGGCCGAGCCCGAGCCCAUCCCCGAAGCUGGUGUCGAUGUUAGCGAAUUCAAGCGGCGGGCAAUCAAAAACAAGAUUCUUGCCAUUGGCCGUCUCUCACGGGUCUUCCAAGUGCUGCGUGAGCAGUCUGAGAGUGUGUCGGAACUGAAGACAGCGGCCGGCGGUCGUCUUCCGGCUGGCACUCUCAUGCUGGGUGCAGAGGGCAUCAAACAGGCCAUUACCAACUUCGAGGAUGCGCGGAUGGUGGAUAUUGAAAAUGAGCGUUUGCCGCCAAGCCAGGAGGAGGUCAUUCGCAAGACCGAAGAAGAAAGGCGCGCGGCACUGGAGCGUGCUGAACGCGAGGCCGCGAACGAUACUGGACUUGCAACCGUGGCCAGACGAAUCAGCAUGACUGCCGGAGCGGGUCGAGGUCGUCGCCCUCGCGAUGCCGCCAGGGAGGCCUGA